GGUCCCUGUCCGAGGGACGGGGUAGUUUACUCCCUCUGUCCUUGGUGGGUACCAGACUUUGACUUUGGUCUCUCAGUCCCAGCACGUCACCACACGUGCAGCCUGGCCUCUCCCAGCCUUUUCUGGGGGCCUUCUAUUUUAUCAUACUUAAUUCUUCGACCCUUGCAAUGGAAGUGCCGUUUCAUAUAACUAAGGGGUGGUGCUGCUCUCCAGGAACCUAGGAAAGGGGUGUAUUAACAAGAACUCCUAAUGUCAGGCAAACUGAUUUGAGGGCUAAAAGUGAAAGUAACCUGGAGGACUCGCACAGGAGAUACUCAUUCUUACCAGGGGGCUUUAGGAAAGCGUCGUGGUGUAGGUAUUAUUGGAACAGAUGUUACAUUGGAGAGGCUUUGAAGGAUGUGAACAAUUUCCAGAAGCAAUUGAGCAGAAGGUAGAGUAACCUAGGGGAUGUGAGCGUGGGCUAUGGGGGGCUGAUGGUGCGUUCAAAUCAUGAGUCUGCUGACAUUCUUGUGGCUUUGAGCAAGUUGCUGAGACCCUCAGCUUCAGUUUUCUCAUUUUGAAAAUGGGACAAUAAUACCUCUUAAAAUGUUGACGGCCACAUAAGUUCCGAUAUGUUCAGUGGCUGCCUUGUAGUGAGAACUCGGUAAAUCGUAGCUAUUAUGAAGCAGAUGGGUGUUUCGGGAGAAAAAAGUGAGCAGAGAGGAGUCGGCGGAAGGGAAGCGGGGUAAGGACUUAGUCAGCCUCAUUGGCGCACAUUUUAAACGUUGGAUUAUUCUCAGAUGUUUCCAAAGCUGGCACUGGACGUGAAUGUAAAACCCAGAAAACGAUUAAGUCUCAAGUCAAAUCUCUUACAUUCUACACUUUCUCUAUGAUGCGUUAUGCGUGGAGAGCAUUUUCUGAAGGGAGGAACUACACUGGUGGUAACCCUGUCACUUUUUUUUUCUCUAUGAUUCAAACUCCGUACAUACAGAUAGAAAAUGAAAGGAAGGGAGGCGAGGUUGGCGUCGGCCCUGCGCUGCCCCUCCAAUCGCAUGCGCAUACUGGUCGACACUGCGCAGCCGCAGAGACAUUUUAAGUGGUCACAUUUGCGCGGCUUCCAUCUGGCGCCUCGGUCUACUGCAGUCCUUUCGUGUGCGCAGUCGCAGUGCAGACGCCGAGCCGACGGCGAUCCUGAGGCGCUCCGAGUCGACGGUGAUCCUGAGGAGCUCAGAGGCGACGGCGAUCCUGAGGCGGUCAGAGGAGACGGCGAUCCUGAGGCGCUCAGAGCCGGGCUCUCGGACUCACAAUGUUUGAGGAGCAGGAUCAUAUCACUGUAACUCUUGGAGAUGACAGUGCUGACAGUGAGGACACCUCUCACUGUAGUGACCAUGACAACAGCUCUGAUGUUGUGAUAAUAGAAGAUUCUGACUCAGAGCUUAGUGAGAAUGGACUUCCCACGGACAGCGUGUCAACCGAUCAACCAAAUUUUCAAGGCAGGGGUGAUAACCAUCGGCAGCUAUCCCAAAUGCCACACGGAGCAGAAGUUUUGCCAAGCCAAGGUGACCAAGGAGUUUCGCAAGUGAGCUUUCCCGGAAGUUUCAAAAGCUACCGCUCGCGCCCAGGGGACAUGGAGCCUGUCCCUGCGCCCAACACACGAGGAUCAUCUCCUCCAAGGGAGAAUAAUAUGAAGUCACCUCAAGAUGCAUACACAUGUUCUAAUGGCCCGCUUUCCAAAAAGAUGAAACUGAAGAGAAGGGAAUCUAACAAUGGAGAUUCUUACCCUCAAAGUUGUUGCCACGUUUUGCCAGUAAGAAGGCAGGAAAAUGAUUUCAUUAGCAGCAUUGUGGGAACAUAUUUCCGCUCCAGUGGGUUCUGUGAGCAGGAUCUAGGGGUGAUCCACCUGGAGCUUAAAGACACACAGGAGGAGCAGGAGGAAGUGGAGUGGGAGCGGAAGUGGCUGCUGCGUUCAAACCAGAGCAGCCCCGCUCCCUCCGACAUUACCGCUGAUUCCUAUCAUUCGUGUCUAUGCCCGGAUGAUACACCAGAGGGCACCUGCUCCGGGCCCUGCUCUCCCGGCCAUGGGGCCCACAGCACCAAUAGUCUCUCCCCAUCUGCCGACUCUCCCACAGCGGUGUCUGCAGCCCAGCCGGCCCAAGGUGAGCCCCGUGUGGCACAGAACCCUGAGAUGAUGACUGACCAAACUUUAAAGGAUACGAACCUCAAACCACAUGCGUCAUAUUUUGGCAUCCCACCCACCUUCGGGGAGGAUGAGAUGUUACCCGUGACAUGUAGCACUGCUUAACCUGUAGUUCUCAAGAUUCUUGAUAUAAGCUCGUGGAAGCUGUUUGUUUUCUAUUUUGAGGGCUGGUUUGGGGGAUACUCAUAGUGAUAACUAACAUUCACUGAGUGUGUAUUACAUGCCAGGCACUGUGCUAAUCACCUGACAUGCCUCUUCUCCACUAAUACUCAUAGUGACCCCACUGUGAGUUUUUUAAUCUUCUGUUUUUCUUUGCCCGUCCCUCGGUAAAUACUCAAAAUGCUCCUGAAAUGGCCAGAGAUACAAAAGAAAAAGUACACCUCUGGCCAGCUCACACGUAACAAAGAUCAAGUUUGUGCCGACAGUCCCUGGCUAGAGAAACAGAUCUUCCUAGUGAAUUGCAAAACUUUCUUUGCUUAUCCCGCACUAACUGUAGAGGGUCAAGUGUUGUGGUGGAGUAAUGGAUACCUGUUUAGACACAAAGCAGUUUCAGCACAACUCGAACGGCACAGCUAACACUUUGUGAGGUAUGAGCACUUGGGUUGUCUCCUGUCUCAGCCAUUUCUGUAUCAGACAACCUUCAACCAAGGUAUCUGUUGCACUGCAGUUCCCCUUGGAAGAGGUCAUCAAUGUAAUAUUAAAGUUACUUCUAAGAUAGCUAAGCACAAUAACCUUGUUUUCUUCAAACUUCAGAUAAGCACUUAAGCCUUAAGAGACAGGAAUUCAAAACAUAAAGUGGGGCAAGAAAUAAUCCAUGUUAAAUAUCUGGGAGAGAUCCAGUAAAAGAACUAAUUUGGUUCUCAAAGAUAAUGGGAUUUUUGAAAUUCAUUGAUUGAAGUGAAUAAAUGUAAGCAGUUGUAAAACUACAUUUUGGGGAGUUCCAUUCUAUUUCGCUAGUAAAAACCAUAAUCUGGACCAAGCAGAGGAGAGAGAUUGAGAGAAAUUCAUUGAAAUAAGUAGUGAGUAGUAGGUUAGCUUAGAUUAGCCCAAUUUCGCCCACGGAUCAGGUCUUUUGCUGGAUUUGCCUGUGUGCCAAGAGGCCCCGGACUGCUCAGUCGGUUUUAUGAUCCUUGAAGCUGUGAGGUACCUUCUGAAGCUGGUCUUGUUGUUUGCAGAAGGUCAGAGGGGAUGCUCUUGGGUAGCCGUCCUCAGGCUGUCCUCACCUAGGCUUCCACUGGGUUUACACGGACUCCUGGUCCUGAAGGUUCAGGAAAGAGACCAUUGCUCCCUACCUAACAUCUCUUCUUUCAGGAUAAUGAUCAGGUCAGGUUUGAUUUGUCUUCCUUUCCCCCCCUUUGAAGCUACAGG